AUGCUGCCGUACCUGUUCCCUGAUCUGUCCGCCUUUGCUACAGUCGCCGAUCUUAUCACCCACCUUCGCACUAGUGAUGCUCGCCUGCGUGCUGCCCUUCCCACCGAGUUCUGCGCUAAGAACCCCCCUCCACUGUACUGGACACUCCACUUCAUAGUCACCCGACUCCCUGACACCCUCAGCUCAGUUCGAGACCACUUCCUUGCUCGCUGCGCUCCUCGCACCCCCAUCUUUGAGGGGUGUUCUCCCUCUCCCCUCGCUCCCUCCUACGCUACUGCUGCUGCUGUUGACUUCCUUGGUGCUGAGUCUGCUGGCGCUGCUUCUGCUCCUGGUGGGAGGCGCCGCACCGGCAAGGGCAAGGGGGGCAAGGGUGGCGGGGGUGGCGCUGGGGGGGGAGGAGGUGGGGGAGGUGGGGGGGGAGGCGGUGCUGGAGGGAGCGGUGGCGGGAGUGCUGGUGGGAGUGGGGUCGGCAGCGGAGGCGGGGGCGGCGGAGGGAGCGGUGGCGGUGGUGGCGGCGGCGGCGGUGGCGGCGGCGGCGGCGGUGGCGGCGGCGGCGGUGGCGGUCGGAGCGGAGGUAGUGGUGGUGGCGGAGGUCGGAGUGGAGGCACUGGCUCGGGCCAGAGCUCCCAGCAGCAGCAGCGUCCCCAGACGACCCAGCAGCUUCGUGAGUGGCUUGCUCAGCGUGGGACGUCGGGGGGCAAUGGCCGCUGUUCCUAUGUCAUUCGCACAGGUGACCGCAAGGGACAGACGUGUGGGAGGUUCCACACCCCGUACCGCUGCUUCUCCCGCCUUGACGACGCUUGGCGUGAGGAGAUGGGCGAGGAUGUUGAGCGCCCCCGCUGGGCUGAGCUCAUGAGGGCUGGUGUUGAUAUCUUUGCUCUUGACUAUGAUGCUAUUAUUGCUGCCAUUGCUGUCCCGGCUGUUUGCGAGUCUGCUCUCUCAGGUACAGCACCCACAGAGACUGCUCUCUCAGGUACCGCACCGGCUGAGGCCUGUCACACCUUCACCCUUGACUCAGUCCUUGCCCAGUCCACCACUGUGCUCCCUUGUCCGGCGGUUCCGUCUGGCUCGUUGUCAGGUUUCCACCUCCCCUUGUUCUCGACGAACCUGGUGAGCAACGCUGUCAUCCAGGAUCAGUGGGUUGACACCUUUACCCCUGGAGGACAGCGUGUGGCGAUCUGCACGUGCUCCAGGACCGGCCGUCACCUGGCUACGUUUACCCGUCGGCCGGGGUCGAGUCUCUACACACUGACCACUGCGUCUCCUCAGGUUGCUGCUGUCGGUCAGGUGUCCGCGUCAGGUCUGGUGGCCCACGCCUGUGAGUGUCGUUCCCUGUCGCACCAGACUCUUCUCUGGCACCACCGCCUGGGUCACCCCUCCUUGCCACGCCUCCGUGGCAUGCACCGUCGCUGCCUUGUGUCUGGUCUUCCCAGGUCCCUCCCUCCCCUCCCUGCCUCGCCUGCGCCGCCUUGCCUUCCUUGCGUCGAGGGACGGCAGCGCGCCGCUCCUCACUCCUCCUCGUUCCCCCCGACAGAGGCUCCUCUGCAGACCCUCCACCUGGACGUGUGGGGCCCAGCCCGCGUUCGUGGCCAGGGCGGUGAGCGGUACUUUUUGCUGGUUGUCGACGACUACUCGCGUUACACCACGGUCUUCCCCUUGCGCACCAAGGGUGAGGUCCCUGCUGUUCUGAUCCCUUGGAUCCGCACAGUUUGUCUCCAGCUCCGCCGCCGUUUCCGGACGGAUCUUCCUGUCCUGCGUCUGCAUUCUGACAGAGGUGGUGAGUUUUCCUCCGAUCUCUUGAGGACCUUCUGUCAGGCGGAGGGCAUCGAGCAGACCUUCACGCUUCCGGACUCCCCACAGCAGAAUGGGGUUGCUGAGCGCCGCAUUGGCCUGGUCAUGGAGGUCGCUCGUACCUCCUUGGUCCACGCGGCGGCUCCCCAUUUUCUGUGGCCGUUUGCUGUCCGGUACGCUGCGCAUCAGCUCAACCUCUGGCCCUGUGUCUCCUUGCCGGAGACCUCGCCCACACUGCGUUGGACGGGGGAGGUUGGUGAUGCGUCGCGCUUCCGGGUGUGGGGUGCUCGUGCCCUUGUCCGCGAUACGUCCGCGGACAAGCUCUCCUCCCGCACGCUUCCCUGUGUCUUCCUUGGCUUUGUCCCUGACGCGCCGGGCUGGCAGUUUUACCACCCCACCUCUCGCCGGGUCUUCGCCUCUCAGGACGUCACCUUUGACGAGUCGGUUCCCUUUUACUGUCUCUUCCCCUACCGCACUGCCCCCCUCCCUCCCCCGCCGCUUUUCCUUGCUCCUGGUCCCCCUCCGGUAGACCCCCUUCCCCCUCAGGGUCCUGCCCCUUCAGGUGUCUCUCAGGUAGACCCUCCUCCCGUCGCUGAGCCUGUCGAGGUCACAGGUGACUCAGGUGCUGCUGCAGGUGGUGCUGCUGGGAGUGCUGAGCCUGGGGGUGCUGAGCCUGCGGGUGCUGGGCCUGGGAGUGCUGGGACUGCGGGUGCUGGAGCUGAGGGUACUGUGCCUGGGAGUUCGGCGCCUGGGGGUGCUGAGCCUGGGGGUGCUACGACUGGGGGUGCUGAGCCUGCGUGUACGGAGCCUGGGCCUGGGGGUGCUGCUACUGAGCCUACGGAGCCUCGGGUUGCUGCGUCUGGGGGUGCUCCGGUUCGGGGUGCUGAGCAGUCUCUCACACCGCAGCAGCUUCGUGACUGGUACGUCCGGCGCUUUCGCCGUCCUUGUGGCUCGGCUGGAGUUGGGGGUGCUGGAGCUGCUCGUCCUAGGGGUGCUCGUACUGGGGGUGCUGGAGCUGCCGGGACUGGUUGUUCUGGGAGCGCUGCGACUGGAGCUGCUGGAGCUGGGGACUCUGGAGCUGGCGGUGCUAGCGGAGUUGGAGCUGCCGACUCUGGGGGUGCUUUUCCUAGCGGUGCUGCGGACCCUCGGGGUGGCGCUGCUGCUGGUGCUGCGGACCCACCUGGUGGAGCUGCUGCUGGUGCUGAGGACUCGGUCGUUGGAGCUCCUGCUGGUACUGAGGACCCGGCCGCUGGAGUCUCUUCUGCUUCUGGAGACGCUGCGCGGCCGCGACCGUACUUCGUACCGCUCCUUCAGCAGGUUCUUGGGCAGGCUCCUCCUCCUUGUCCUCCUCCCUCCGUAGAGUGUCCUCCGCCUGUCCAGCCGCAGUCACAGUUACCGCCUACCUCGCCUCUCCCUGCUCCCUCUCCUUACACUGGUCCCACAGGAGGUCUUACAGAGCGUCGUGAGCCUGAGUCUCGUCCUGCGUCGCCUGUUCGUACUGCUCGCACUGGUCGUCGUGUCCGUCGUGAGCGUCCUCCUCCUGUCCCCGGCACUCACUACAUGACUCUGCGUCCAUCUACUGCUCCUCAGCGUGUCCCUCUACCGUCUCCUCCUGCGUCCUCUUUGCCUGCCGUUCCGGACCCUGAGUCUGACCGGUAUCGUGCUGAGCACCCUACUGUCACGCGUCUCCUAGCUACUGUUGUCACUGACCCUACAUUUGAGUCCUCGGCUGCGUCUGCUCUGGUCGCUGAGUUGGUUGACUUUGCUGCUGCCUGUCGUCUAGACUACGCUGCUAGCCUGGUUGCUGCGUCUGAGUCUGCGUCUGUCUGUCCUCCGUCCGUCGGGGGUGAGUGUGCUCUUGGCACGGACGUCCUUGAGGACAGGCAGGAGGACUUUGACUCUCUCGCGGCUGCUGUACCUCAUCUCGUGGCCUGGUUGCUUGCCCCUGAGGGUGACCCGGAUGCACUAGAGAUCCCCACUCCGCGCACUUACACAAAGGCGAUCUCGGGUCCCUACUCCUCUCAGUGGCAGACAGCCAUGGACGCAGAGAUGGCAUCCUGGAAGUCCACAGGCACCUACGUCGACGACGUUCCCCCUCCUGGGGCGAACAUCGUCGAUGGCAUGUGGAUUUUAAGGGUGAAGCGGCCGCCAGGUUCUCCGCCUGUCUUCAAGGCUCGUUACGUUGCUAGAGGCUUCAGUCAGCGUCAGGGGGUUGACUUCUUCCAGACCUUCUCCCCCACCCCGAAGAUGACCACUCUUCGGGUUCUGCUGCACGUUGCUGCUCAGCGUGACUACGAGCUUCACUCUCUUGACUUCAGCACAGCGUUCCUGCAGGGCAGCCUGCACGAGGAGAUCUGGCUGCGCCGCCCACCUGGCUUUACUGGGUCGUUUCCUCCUGGUACCCAGUGGAGCCUCCGCCGGCCAGUCUACGGUCUCCGCCAGGCGCCACGUGAGUGGCACGACACACUGAGGACUACACUUGCGGCUCUUGGGUUCGCGCCGUCUACUGCUGACCCGUCGCUGUUUCUGCGCACAGACACGUCGCUGCCGCCGUUCUACAUUCUCGUGUACGUCGACGACUUGGUCUUUGCUACUGCUGACACUGAGGCACUCGCUCGUGUGAAGUCGGAGCUGCAGAAGAGACACACCUGCACUGACCUGGUCACACAUGGUGCAGCAGGUCCUUCAGCGCUUCGGCUUCCAGUUCUCCUCACCACAGGCCACUCGCUCUCAGCUCCACCUUCGGACGAGUCCGUAGAGCCGAGUGGCCCGUACCCAGAGCUUGUAGGCUGCCUCAUGUACCUGAUGACUUGCACACGACCUGACCUCGCGUACCCUCUUAGCAUCCUUGCUCGUUACGUUGCGCCUGGGAGACACAGGAGAGAGCACUGGGAGGCUGCUAAGAGGGUGCUGCGUUACUUGUGCAGUACAUCAGGCAUGGGGCUGGUGCUUGGAGGACACGACAGAGUUGUUCUCACUGGUCACUCGGACGCUUCUUGGGUGGACGACUUGGCUACGCAGCGAUUGUCGCAGGGUUACACCUUCAGCCUUGGCUCUGGUUCUGUCUCGUGGCGGUCCACCCGUUCUUCUUCUGUUCUCAGCUCUAGUUGUGAGGCUGAGAUCUACGCCACGGCCAUGGCUGCACAGGAGUUACGCUGGCUCACCUACCUGCUGACUGACUUGGGAGAGCGGCCUAGUUCUCCUCCAGUUCUGUACGGCGACAACAAGGCGGCCCUUGCCUUGUGUCAGGAGCACAGACUGGAGCACAGGACGAAGCACAUUGCUCUUCGCUACUUUCUUGCUCGAGAGCUGCAGCAGCGAGGUCAGCUUCGGCUUGUGUACGUGGACUCGAAGGCCAACACUGCUGAUAUCUUCACCAAGGCGCUCCCGCCUAGUGAUCAUCAGCGGCACUGUACUUCUUUAGGCCUUGUGUCCACGUUUCCUCACUUGCUCACUGCUUGA